AUGAACGUGUUCAAGUGGGUUGUAUUAGUCGCUUGUUUUUGCCUUUGGAUAUUCUUACUGAAGGGCCAAUCUUUGACACAGAUGGAACAACUCUUUUCGGAAAAAUACGCUGCAAACCUUGGGUCAACAUUGAACGUCGUUCCAAUAAUUAGUGACAUAGAUGGGGAUGGAUUAAAUGAAAUUUUAGUGGCACCUUAUGGUGUGGGGAAACUGAUAAUGUACAAAUACGAAAAAGGAAAUUUGGUCAUCAAGCAAACUGCCACUAUCCCUUCAUCGUCACAACCAAUAUACAUGACAACAGGAUAUGACAAACCGUUCGUCAGAAAUGAGCCACGACAACAAACUGUCAUCGUGGUUCUUAGAAACUUUGAUGUUCUCUGUUUCAACUCGGACUUGACCCUUCGUUGGACCAACAACGUCUACAAAGAGCACGCACUAACAUAUGUCGAGGAAGUGUCUGGUCUUGUUGUACCUUACGUCAUACAAACAAAAGUAAACGGUGGUGUAAUUUUAGCCUUCCGAACCACACAAGAUUGGUACAACAACAACAAUGUUGGAUUUGAAGAAGACCUUCGCGUGACGUUGAAUAGAACAUUCGAAGAGCAAAAGGAAGAUCUGAUGUAUGACGACGACAACAUCGACCAAGAGACAGUCGACCACAUGAACUAUUAUUGUUUGAGUAUCAAAGAUGGUCAAGUGGUGUGGCAGCAUGAAGUCGAUGAUGAUCAAGAUUAUUUAGACUUGGUUAAAAACACUGAUGUGGCUGGUGAGUACAAACUUUCUAAGUUGUUUGGGAUGAGUUAUAAGGGGGCCGAAGAGAUACAAUGGCACGAAUUCCAUGAUUCUAUUUACAAAAACCUGCCCCAUCAAUGGGCUUCGUUCCGAGACACCCAAAUCACCGUUUCUCAUUUUUCACGUGAUUUAACAAGCAACCCCGAAACUUAUGACAACUCGAGAUUGGAGAUGCCCGGAAUGAAAGUACAGACAAAGACGAAAAUUGACAGAAUAACUAACCCAAAUGUGGUCGUCAUCCACCAGAAAAAUGGGCUGGAAGCCGUACACCUUUUUUCGGGAAAGCCACUUGUCCAUUUGUCUCUUAGAGCGACGUCGGACGCGGGUUCUUCUGCGUUUGCCGAUAUCAACGGGGAUGACGCUCUUGAAGAAGUGUUUGUCAAUCAAUAUUCACACGAAGUUGAUGUCCAAAAUUCAGGCGAAGACCUCACAUGUAUGGUCCAAGUGAUUGCGGCAAAUUCCUAUGAGUAUUUGUUCUCAGAAAACGCAUGCAAGCCCGCUAUGAGAUUUGAUUUGAUAAGAAAAAAAGAUAAACAUGUAAUAGAGGUGUUACCACCACUGUUGGUACCGGCCUUCGAAAGAAAAAGUGAUGGGAGUGAGUUGUACAACAUUGUUGUAAUAAACUCAGAUGGAUUGCUGACUGCUGUAGGUUAUAAUGGAAAGUUCUUGUGGAACUCGAAGGUGUCGAGACUCUUUUUAGCAAAAGAAGACCAAACACACAAAAGCAACCUUGCUUUGUUUUUGUAUUCUCUUGAAAAUGAAGACCAAAAGGAAGUUCAACCCAACAAUCGGUACAUCAUCGUUCAAGGAAGUAAGAACAUUGCUGUUGUGAAUCUCAAUGGUGAUCUUAUGGUUGAGCAUAAUAUCGAGAGCCAGGGAGAGCCUGUGAUGGGGCCAGUUUUCGGUGAUCUGAGCAACGAUGGAAAUAACGAGAUUUUGAUUGUCACAGCGACAAAGAUUGCAGCUUACAACGUGCGUGUCAUUCAAAAUGUUAGUUUCUUGCCUGUUUGCAUCGCCGGAAUCAUCGCACUUAUAUCCUACAACAUUUACAUCAUUGCUAUCACGUACUAUAAAAAAUUGGAAUAA